CUUGACUUUAAAAGUCCUGGAUACCUUAGAAGAGCAAUUAGAUCUGAAUGUGUGACAACUAUGAUAACGUCUGUAUAAUGAUUUAUAGAUUCAAGGAAAACUUCUGAAUCAGAGAUGGAAUUGGAUGAGGAUAACCAUUUGUGCUUACGCUGCAGCAAAACAAUAAAUGGACUUAAUAAUUAUGUACUGCAUCGACAACAGCAGUGCGGCCAGUUCAACAGCACCCCAACUUCAUCACCAUUUUUGUCAGAUUCAUCAAAAGCUUUGCCAGUGUCCGAAUCUCAAGAUUUAAAUACGACAGACCCACAAGAUAUUUACCGACUUUCAGCAAGUGAUUUUUUCUUAUCGCUCAAUUUACAAAGUAUUGCCUGCGACAGCGAGAAAUGUCUGACAAACAUUAAUGAGAAUUUCCCAAACCGCAUGGAUCUGCCGUCAUUAGAAAAUGAGUUGGCAUCCCCAUUAGCCAAAACUGUUAUGUGUUCAAAUAUGAUUGAAGAGGAAAAUGGCUUCAUAAAUGGUGGUAAUAUUGAUAUUAGUAAUGAAAAAUGGGAUUAUAAUUUUAAAUUGGACACCUCUGACAACAAUGUUGAGCAAAAUUCUUCUCAAAAUAGAACAGAAACCACUUUUGUCACUGCAGAAAAUUUGAUGCUUGAACUUGAAUCAGAAUAUAAUGUAAAUAAUUUAUGUGAUGUUUCAGGAAAUUUGCAAUCACAGCUUAUAAAAGAAGGGACCAAGCAAGAAACUUUAACAAAAAAAAUUAUCGAUAACUCUAAUACUUCCCAAGAACCAAAAUGUGCCUUUGAUAAGAAACCUUGUCAUACUUUUUGUUGCAUUAAAAGCGAACAUUUCAUUUGUAGCUUAUGUGGGGAUAAAUAUGUUUUUUUACCAAAUUUUUUGAUCCAUUUGUUGAGCUGCAAACAGCAGCUGAAUAAUUUUGAGCAUUGGAAGUCUCGGAUUUUCAAUAACAGUAACUUGUUUACAUGCAGUUUACCAUUUAAAUGUGAUUUAUGCUCAUUUUACUGUAAUGACUCAAUUGCAUUUCUAGAUCACUUGAAAUGUUCCAAUCACAUUAAAAAUGCAGCGAGUUCAAACAGUAGUUUGAUAUGUCUCCCAUGCCAAGAGGAAUGUUUAGCUAGUGAUGAAAUUAUGGAACAUUUUUUCAAAAACCAUCUGCAGAAUGAAAAUAUAUUGCACCCCAUUAUUAUAACUGAAAUGAAAAAGAAUUCCCAUUGUUGCUUUUGCUUAUUUCUAGUUAAAAGGAUUAUAAAUUUAAAUUUGAAAAGUAAGGAUGUAAUAAAAUGUGAUAUUGUUUAUAUGAAAAGAGCCUUUCCAGUUUUGAUUUUGUGUGCAAUGGGUAUUGCAAAAAGCCUACUGAAUUCCGUGAUAAAAACUAUAAAUCAACUUUUAGAUUUUAUCGAAAAGCCAGAAAGUAAAGAGCUUAAUAAAGAAACUAAAUCAGUUGAAGAUUCUAACUUAGAAAGCAUUAGUAAUAGAAAUAAUCUUAGCAAUUCAACACCAAAUGCCGAACCUGACCUAACAAACGGAUCUUCUCCAACUAUCCAAUUUAAUGCUCAGACCAAGUUACACACUAAUGGUGAAACUACAGUUCAUAGAAAAAGAUCUCACAAGUCUUUUAAGAAUGUUGUGAAAAUACUUAUGAAAGAAGGAAAUAAAAUUAAAAGAAAUGCUUGCAUAAAUGCUAAAAGUAAACAUAUUCCCCCAAAAUACGAAUCUCCGUUCUCAAAAAUGCCAUCCUUACAAAAGCAAUCAAAACUUCACAACACUAACAAAAAGUCCCAACAUUUAAAUUCUCCUACAUCGGAUUGUUUUCACAAAAAUAAGAUACAAAUGAAUACUUACCUAUGUGAUGAAUGUGGCUACGCCGGAAAAACUGUACAUCAUUUAACAAAACAUAAAAGAUCACAUACUGGAGAAAAACCUUUCAAAUGUACCCACUGCUCUUAUUCCUGUUCUCUAAGUAGUCAACUACUUCGACAUAAGAGACUUCACUCAGGUUCAAAGCCUUACAAGUGUCCGUACUGUUCUUACACAUGCAAUACUCAAGAAAACUUGAGGAAGCAUGUUUUAAAAACAAAAAAGCACCAAGGGAAGAAACUGUACCCAUGUCAACAUUGUAGUUUUGAGUGCAAUAUUUUCUCUGCAUAUAAGGAACAUUUGUUGCAAUUUCAUGCAGAGCAUUUCCCAAAUAAAGACAAAGAUAUUAUUUCAUCGGCAGUAGCUGGCAUUUAUGAUGUUUCUCAAGUAAAUAAAAAUUAAAUAUAUGUUUUGACAAAACUGUGAUUUGCUUUAUACUUGCUUGUGUAAGAAUAAAAAAAAAAUAUUUUUCUUAAAUUUGAAACUGAAAAACAGUAAAAACUAUUUCGUAAUACAAAUUUAUUAU